UGGCCACACAAGCCUCACGCACCCUCCUUUGCACGCCCAACUCCCCCCCGUGUCUACUCCAAUCUGCAACUAUGGGAGAGCAACUCAAGUUUCGCGGCCAGCUGGUGGCUCAUGAGGACUGGGUCACGUCCAUCGCGGCCACCUCGGAGAACCCGGACAUGAUCGUGUCCUCGUCCCGCGACAAGAGCAUCAUCGUCUGGAAGCUUCAGCGCGGGGAGGACCAGUACGGUUACCCCCACCGCUCGCUCACCGGCCACUCCCACUUCGUCUCUGAGGUCGUUAUCUCCUCCGAUGGACAGUUCGCGCUGUCCGGGUCGUGGGACGGAACCCUGCGGUUGUGGGAGAUCCAGUCCGGCCGUACCACCCGCCGCUUCGUCGGCCACGCGAAGGACGUUCUAUCGGUUGCCUUCUCGGCUGACAACAGGCAGAUCGUGUCCGGGUCCCGCGACAAGACAAUCAAGCUGUGGAAUACCCUCGGGGAGUGCAAGUACACCAUCCAGGAGGACGGUCACACGGAGUGGGUGUCGUGCGUGCGGUUCUCCCCGUCGCCGUCCGCCCCCGUGAUCGUGUCGGCGGGAUGGGACAAGCUCGUCAAGGUCUGGGCCCUGUCGAACUGCAAGCUGCACACCAACCUCAUCGGCCACACCGGGUACUUGAACACGGUGACGGUGUCGCCGGACGGGUCCCUGUGCGCCUCCGGAGGUAAGGACGGCACCGCCAUGCUGUGGGACCUCAAGGAGGGCAAGCGCCUCUACUCCCUCGACGCCGGGGACAUCAUCCACUCCCUCGUGUUCUCGCCCAACCGCUACUGGUUGUGCGCGGCCACCACCGCGGGCAUCAAGAUCUGGGACCUGGAGUCGAAGGUUGUGGUGGACGAGCUCCGACCGGAGUUCCCCGAGGUGUCGAUGAAGGCCAUCGUGCCGUACUGCACCUGCCUCUGCUGGUCCAACAACGGAAGCAUCCUCUACUCCGGGUACACCGAUGGGAUCAUCCGCGCGUGGCACGUGGCCGGCAGCCUCUAAGCGACGUCAUGGCCAUCUGCAUGACGUUCGAUAUUAGAGCGCGCUAGAACUUUGAGACCUCAAGGGUUGAUGGGCAUCUGGCUAGGAGGGUAUGGGCGGGGGGGGGCGUUAUUGCUCAUACCAUAUGCGUGAGGCUUGUUGGUGUGGAUCGAUCAAUUGAUCUCCCCAUUUUAUCCCCUCCUUUAUCUUCUUCAUGAUGAGAGGCUUGGUGUCCUUUUUAGUCUCGUGAGCGGCAGCUGUCGCCGCGGCAUCUAGUUUCGUGAUGGCCUGGUCCGCUGCUUCGCUUGCCUACCGCACGAAUUUACAGCCACUGCGCUCACACCGAGACUUUGAGAGUUUUUUUGCUCGCCCCGAUGAGUCGUGCGUGUACAUCCAUUCAUUCGCACCUUCGUGAAGCUGGUACGACUACACCCGAUAAAACUAAAACCCAGUUCCUCGAAAACACACCCGACUGGACGAAAACUCAAAUUAUUUGUGUCCGAUUAAUUCUCCGAGGUGUGU